CGCCAUUAUACCAAAGAGGAAGAAGGUUGCAAGAGCAAAAUGGCAGCCUCAAUUGAGAGUUUGUUCGUUGAAAUAGCAAGCCUUGAAGAGCCUAUUGAAGAGCUGCAAACUUUAAAAACGGCCGUUUUAUCAAUACCUGUAAGCGCCCUUAGGGAUACAGUGAGUGGACUCCGGCUUGAAGUGAUUUUCUCUCUUUUGAACACAAAUGACAGAGAGAAAAUUGAGCUAUGCGUGGACAUCCUUGGUCGAAUCCUGCUCGCCCUCAGCCCUGUCCACCUGGCCCAAAACUGCAGAGUGGAACUUCAGGCUGGACUGAAACAUCCUGAUGACACAGUCAAAAUACUGGCAUUGACACAAAUUGGUAGAAUGGUAUUGAACCAUGAGGCAGUAACAGAAAUUCAGAACAACCAAGACAUACUUCGGGAAGUGAUCCACUGCAUCAAAGGAGAGAAGAUGACGGUGGCCAAAGAGGCAGUACGAGCUCUUGCCAAACUUAGCCACUCCAAAGCUGGGUUAGAUGCUCUAUUCAGGAGCGACUUGCUGAAAGACCUCAAGGAUGUGAUGGCUACAAGUGAUAUUGUCAGAUACAGAGUAUAUGAGCUGAUAGUGGACAUAUCGUCUGUCUCUCCUGUCUCCCUGGGUUACUGUGCCAACAGCAGCUUUAUUUCCCAGCUACUGGGAGAGCUGACAGGAGAUGAUGUACUGGUCAGGGCUACAGCCAUUGAGAUGGUGACCACACUUUCCCACAGUCAGCAUGGGCGCCAGUACCUGGCACAGCAAGGCAUCAUGGAUAAGAUAUCCAACAUGAUCACUGGAGCAAAAUCAGACCCCUUCUCUAGUUUCUACCUGCCAGGGCUGGUGAAGUUCUUUGGGAACCUGGCCAUCAUGGACAGUCCCCAGCACGUGUGUGAGACCUACCCGGCUUUCCAGAACAAGGUGUUUGAGAUGGCCAUCGACCCAGACCCUGUUAUGACUGGAGUGGCUCUGGACACACUGGGGGUCCUGGGCUCCACUGUGGAGGGAAAACAAGUCCUGCAGAAAACAGGUGAGAAGUUCAAUGCUGUGCUGAAGAGAAUGAGCCAGCUGGCCAGCGGUGGAGCCACCGAGCUGCGAGUGCGCUGUCUGGAGGCCAUCUCACUCCUAAUCACUCUGCAGGCUGAACAGCAGACAGAGGACCUGCUGGUUCUAACAGAGUCCUGGUUCCAUCUGCUGUCUAACCAGCCUAUGGAGAUGAUCCGGAACAUCAGCAUCCAGCCCUUCCCUGAGCUCCACUGUAGUGCUCUACGUAUAUUCACUGCCAUCGCUCCCCAGCCAUGGGGUCAAAGGUUAAUGAUUGGCACGCCAGGGUUCAUGGAGUUCAUUGUCGACCGUUCGACUGGUCCGACCAAGGAAGCGAAGGAUGCUAAGUUUGAGCUUGUGGGUGCGCUGGUGAGCUCUUCCACAGCAGCGGACAUCUUGGGUAGCCAGCACUACUUACGCCUGCGGUCCUACCUCCGAGAGGGAGCGUACUAUGUGACCGCUGUGGCAACAGUGACCACAGAGGGAGCAGAAUGAGAGAAAUGGGGAAAAUUUCAAAUGACACGUUAUUCUCAAUAUAGUUCACUACCUUAGGCCCUAUUCAAAAGUAGUGAGCUGUAUGGAUAGUAGGUUUAACUUGAGACUGCUACCAGACCAGGACCAACGAGACUCAAUUCUUGUUAUUUUAUUAGAUCGCCUGAGAUGCAUUUACUGUUACUUUUUCUAAGUGGAAUAUUUGCCCUUAUUAAAGAGGAAGCAUAUUGAAAAUGACAA